GCCUCCUGCCCGCCCCGCGGCGAACUGUGGGAGCGGUGCGGGGCGGUCCCGUCCGCGGGCGCGGCUGCGGCGGAGGACGCAGCGCUCGGUCAUGGGCUUCCAGCCGAGCCCGGGCCUGCUGGCCUCCCUGGGGGCGGGUCUGCUGACUCUGCUCGGCCUGGCUCUGGGCUCCUACUUGGUUCGGCGGUCCCGCCGGCCACGGGUCACUCUCCUGGACCCCGAUGAGAAGUACCUGCUGCGACUGAUUGACAAGACGACCGUGAGCCACAACACCAAGAGGUUCCGCUUUGCGCUGCCCACCGCCCAGCACGUUCUGGGGCUGCCUGUGGGCAAACACGUCUACCUCUCUGCCCGAAUCGAUGGCAGCCUGGUCAUCAGGCCAUACACUCCCGUCACCAGUGACAAGGACCAAGGCUACGUGGAUCUUGUCAUCAAGGUCUACCGGAAGGGCGUGCACCCCAAAUUUCCUGAGGGAGGGAAGAUGUCUCAGUACCUGAACAGCCUGAAGAUGGGGGACGUGGUGGAAUUUCGAGGGCCGAGCGGGCUGCUCACGUACACAGGGAAAGGGAACUUUAGCAUCCAGCCCAACAAAAAGUCCCCAGCGGAGCCCCGAGUGGUGAAGAGACUGGGCAUGAUCGCAGGAGGGACAGGAAUCACCCCGAUGCUCCAGCUGGUCCGGGCCAUCCUGGAAGAUCCUGAGGAUCCGACCCCGUGCUGCCUGCUUUUCGCCAACCAGACUGAGCAGGACAUAAUCUUACGGGAGGACUUGGAGGAGCUGCAGGCCCGGCAUCCCAGUCGCUUCAAGCUCUGGUUCACUCUGGAUCACCCCCCAGAAGGUUGGGCCUACAGCAAGGGCUUUGUGACUGCGGACAUGAUCCAGGAGCACCUGCCCGCCCCGGGGGACGAUGUGCUGCUGCUGCUCUGUGGGCCUCCCCCGAUGGUGCAGCUGGCCUGCCACCCCAACCUGGACAAACUGGGCUACUCGCAGAAGAUGCGCUUCACCUACUGAGCGUGCCCUGGGGUCCCGGUCCCUGCGGCUCUCCUGGUCCGUACGCACGGGCUGCCGGCCCUAGGUUUCUUUCCUGACAGGACCACGCUUUUGUUCUUCUCUGGAGCCGAUGCCUGAAUGCUACCUGCAGGAACAGCAUCCCUGUAGCCCUGGGAGAGGUCCAAGGCUGAGUCAUUCCCUGGAAGGCCCCCCAGGUCACCAGGACACAAGGUCCAGGUCAGGCCAUGGGACACGCUCUUCCACGGGUCAGGAAGAAGGAAGCGUGUGUGUUAGGUCCAGCACGAGCGAGCUCCUGGACAGCAUCACCCUCUUCUUCGUGCCUGAGAUGACGGGAACGGUCUGAGUAAUGGUUUUCCUUCCUCCUCGGGGCUUAACCCGCAGCAGGUUGUGUGUGUGAGUGCAAGUUGAGCAGACUUCUAGAGCUGGUCUGACACAGAUGGCAGGAGAGGAGGAAGUGGCUUUUUUGCGGAUCUCGAGAGAGGAAUCUGAAACACGUAUUUGUGUGUCUGUCUCUCCCUGCCCAGCCCAGGCUGGAGGGAAGUGGCUCUCCACAGUCUGAGACUUCUGCUUGUGGCAGGAACCUCUGGCUACGUGAAUAAACGGGGUGAAGGCCCCAGUGUGACACCUAAA